AAUCCAGAAGAAAACACGAUAAUGUUCUCUAGCUCUUUACAAAAUCAAUACCAAAAGCAACUAGAGGGACAACAUAAUUUCUUCAGAAAUUGUAGACCGACCACAGCUCGCUUCAAUAUCGUACGAAGACUUACUGCCGGCUUAUCCAAACUUUACCAGCAACUAUAUGAAAACCAGAAUGCGUUACACGCGAACGCGAGACUUGAUCGAUCGUUUAUAAAAGAUUUUAUCAAGCCUUAUGAGAUGCUUGCGCAUCGAUAUCGCGUAAUUAACAAAAUAGGAAGGGGUACUUUCUCUCAGGUAGUAUGUGCAGAGGAUACAUACUAUCCUGUGAGACAUUUAGUAGCCAUUAAGAUCAUGGCACCUCAAUUUAAUUCCAUUGGCAUACAGGAAAGCAAAACGCUUCUCUAUUUAAACUUGCACGCCGACAGCGAUAACAUUCACCUUGUCAAGAUCUCUAAUACCUUUAUGUUUGAAGGUCAUUUUUGCAUGGUGCUUGAUUAUUAUGAAGGAGGAGUUCCACAGCUUCCUCGAAUAUCAAACGAGGAGUACAGGCUACAGGUUCUUCGCAAGUUUGCAUGUCAACUUUUAAUCACAUUGAUGUACUUGCGAAAAUGGGGAAUCCUGCACGCGGAUCUCAAGUUGGAGAAUAUAAUUCGUACUAAAGCUACAUCUCUCGAUCUUAGAGUCAUUGAUUUUGGUAGUGCAAUGAGAAUAGACGAGGUUCAUGUGUAUUUUAACACUUUUGAAGCUCAAACACUCGCUUACAGAGCACCAGAGGUGAUUAUGGGACUUCCUUUUGGGAUUGAAAUUGAUAUGUGGUCAUUUGGGUGUAUUCUUUGCGAACUGUGGCUGGGGUACCCGAUAUUUUAUAGUUCGAGCAAACAUGGGGUUUUAAGAGAGAUCGAGAAACUUUUGGGUCCACUUCCGGAUUCAGUAUACAGAUACGGGAAAUUCUUUUCAUAUUAUAAGGCACGACCUGAUGGUGGCAUUAGAUCAUCAACGGGAAUUGAGGAUCAGAAUAUGCUACGAAUUGAGCGAAUUUGCAGAGUUCUCAAGACUCAAGAUAUUAAUUUUGUCAAUUUUGUCGAUUAUAUUUUCAACUGCGAUCCAUCAAAAAGGCCAACACCCUCAGAAUGUCUGUUUCACCCUUUCUUCGCGCCACUUUUUCCUUUUAAACUUUUGUUCGAUAGUCAUUUGGUAACCGCUGCAAUUCGGACGGCGUUCGUAAAUGGGAAUAAUGACCAAGGUUAUUGGCAUGAUGAUAACGACUCAUUAAGGACUAGUCACAAUACCAAAUCAAAUCUUAAUGGCAUCAUGCGAAUUUACGAUGAUUAG